UUAUAUUACGAACGUACAUAACCACCCAUGAAUAAUACACUAAAAUCAAUCUAGAUGUAUGUCCUUAUACAUGUGUAUCGGGAGAUUCUUCGUGAGGAAUUUACGCUCUGUUAAAUUUAAAUCCCUCAAAUUGAUGUCUUUCGAUUUCGGGGAUAUCAGUUUCUAACCGGGUCGCUAUCUGUUAGUGAAAAAAAGUAGAAAGGAAAUAAACUUCCUUCUUUUGACAGCGGAAUUUAAAAGUUUUUUUCCAUGUAGAAUUAGCAUCAGAUUACGACAAAAAAAAAAGCUGAGCAUACUUAGUGUCUCAGACAUCCCGGAAGAUGAAUGGAUUUCACUGGGUAUAAAUGUCAGUAGUCAGGAUUAUAAAAAUUAAGAGCAGAACGAGAACAACAGUUAUCUUACUACGAUGGGUGGACUCCCUGAAACAUUACAGCUGAUACUUUUAGUAACAUUCAUUCCAUCCUCCUGUUUAUUAUUAACAACUUCGGAAGAUCAAAGCUCUUUUACUUCCACUGCAGAGUAUGAGUCAUCUUCUUUCGAAUUCACGUCAUCAGUUAAAAGUGAUUUAAUUGCUUCAUCAACCAAUAUACCAAUAACAGAGGUAUCUACAAUUGACAAAGACCAAACUAGCUCAGAGACAAAUGCUAUUACUGCAUUACAAACAUCAAAAACUGUUACAAAAGAACCAAUUACAACCCAAGAAAAAACAACAGAAAAAAUCAUAGUGAGCACAAACAUUGAUAUGAAGAACAACACAGCAAAUCUGGAAGUUACAUCAAUGUCAAGUACAUCUUUAAUUUCGGACACAUCAUCAAGUACAUUGCCAACUUCGACAGCAGCAUCAACAACACAAGCUAGGACAACAACAUCAGUAACCAGUGUACCGACAACAAUGUCAACAGCAUCAGCUACCACUGUACAUGUACCGACAGUAAUGUCAACAUCAGCUACCAAUGUACCGACAGUAAUGUCAACAACAUCUGAAAGUAUCUCUACGCAUAGAUUGUCAAAUGUGACGUCAGCAGAAACUACAGCUUUGACCUCAACGAAAUCAAUUUCCAAAUCAUCCUCGCCAACCAUAACAUCAAGUGAAUCAAUGUCAAGUAAGAUAUCAACAGAAUCGACAAGUAUGAAACUGACACAGUCCUCAUCAGUUGUGACUACAGAAUCAUCAACAACUUUAAAAACAUCAGAAUCACAUACAACUACAAUAUUAACAAAAGCAUCAACAAAACAUUCAACACUUCCAACAUCCACACCACUAUCAACCUCAAAAGAGGAGGCAACAGCUAUGACGACCAACAGUUUUAUUAAUGAAAUUGAUAGCCUUAAUUCGAAUAUUUCAGAACUGAAUGACAGAAUCACAACACUGAGAGUAGCAGUUGCUGUGUUGAGUGUGCUUUUAGCAAUGGUUGUGGUCGGCUGUAUUCUUUAUUUCGUAAGACAAAGAAUGCGACCUGUAAAAUCUCCAUUUGAAGAAAUGCAUGGUGAUAAAGUUGAUGUUGAACGAUCGAAAGAUGAGGUGACUAGAAGGCCAUACUUCAACAUUGCACACAAUCCUUACAGAGCCAGCACGGCCUCUCUGGGAGGUGAGGACACCCCCGCUUCCUUCUCUGCAACUUUCAAACCUCAAGGACACACAGAAGCGGGACUCAAUGCUUCAUCACAAGGGAUAGUCAUGGAAGAAAUACUCCUCAAUGAUGGCAGUUUUGGCUCAUCAUUUACACAUAAUCAAGAUAUUGUUGCUAGGGAUAAUAAUGUGGACGUAUGAUUCUUAUGUGAUCAUUGAUCAAUGAUCAAAACGGCAGCAGACUUUAAAAGGCUUUAUCAAACAACUUAAAAUGUGAAGGUUGUUUGCCAUUGUGUCUUUUUCGUUAUUCAUGAACACAUUUAUGUAGAUCAUAUGUCCCAUGCAUGUUGAUCUAAAGUGUGGAUCAUUUGUUCUGUGUGCGAAGAGUUUGGAGCUGAUUUAAGUUACAUGUAUAUGAUUGUCGAAUUUGCAUGUAUCAUCGGUAUUCAUCGUCGAAAACUGUGAUAUUUUGAUGUUGAGACUUUCGUUAAUUAAAUUUGUAUUAUAUAUUCAAAUUAUGAAA